AUGGCUGCUGCUGGCUGUAUUUGGAUGCGUCCGUGGUCACCUGUGUCAUUCUCUGUUGCACAGACCCAUCAUACAGCUUCGCGAAGGCACAUUCCCACUGAUGUUAUGCAGCGAGGCAGGGCUGGUGCCACACUAUGCUGCGAGAAAAGACCAGGACGCUUAGCAGGAGCUGGAUUCAUCGCCUUGAGUGUCUUUGGUUUCUUUGAGGGGCCUACUGAGGGCGAAGGUGAUGCCAAAGAUUCCAAGAGGCAAUCCUCCCGAGGUCGACGCCGCAAGGAGGAUGAUGCUUUGAGGCGUCUCCUGCUGCAGGGGCACGGAGAGCAUACGGAUUCCUUCAAGAGGACACUUGUAGAUUGGUGGGAGAGUUUGCCACUUGUUGGCCAGAAAAGAAGGAUAGAAAAAGAAGAGGCGCACUCGAAGGAUCGCCUGGAAGGUCCAGAAGACGCGGCUUCAGGCGCUGUAAAUAUCCUCGCCUCCGUGAAGACGUCAGUGGUUGCAGCAGUGCUUGGCACAGGCCGUCCCGAAGAGAUCUCGGAAGAUGAGAAGGAAGAUGACAAGGAGUCAAAUGAGUCUUUUCCGCCCUUCUUGCCGGAGUUUUCAGCACCAGGCCUCUUCGGUGAGACUCCGACAGAGACGCGCGAUACCGAUUCGGCGGAUGUCACACAAGAAGCUAGUGCUGAAAAGGAGGAGGACUGGUGGCAAAAUGCUCAAGCAGCCCUUGGAAUGGCCCAAACAGAGGAACAAGAGGAACGAAAGGAGGAGAAGAAAGAGAGGGAGAAGGAAGAGAAGGAGGUUGAGGCUGAGCCCAAGGAGAGUGCCACGGAAAGGUCAGCCCCGAAGUUUGAUUGCUUUCGUGGCAUCUUCUUCGACAAGGCCACGCCUGCCAUUUUUGACGAUGGUGAAAUCGGUAAUGAGACCAUCAAAAAGAAAAAGGCGUUCUCAGAUGUGGGAGAUUCUGAGACCAUCCUGAAAGAAAGGUGGACGGCAGCGAAGUUCGUGAUGCAUCAGCUUCGCAUCGUCGUAGACAACCAGUACAACCCAGAGGGUCAAGAAGGCGAUGUUGAUGGUGUUUUCUCAGCAGAAGUCUCCCAUGAGUCUUUCAUGAAGCUGGUCCGUCCAGCCGUGGGCUACAUCGCCAAUGCCGAUGCUAUGGCAAUUCUGAAAAGGGCUGCCUUCAUCGUGUUUGCUGAGAAGUACAUCUAUUUCCGACCACCCACUGAGAAGCAUGUCAAGGUGCAGCGUGUUUUUUGGACCAACUCAGAUUCAAAGGACAUUCUUCUUCCAGAUUGCAAGCCAACCCUGAAGAAUUGGAAAAAUGGUGGGCCUCAGCCGGAUACUUAUUCCGCAUCUGUGGCAUGGGAGACUGAAUGGUUGAAAGAGCUAUUCCGUCGACAUGAUCAUCCUGUACGUCCUGCUUCGCCAGCUUGUCCUUUGACUUCCACGCCUGGUUUGGAUGCGUUGCUUCGGGCUGAUGGGGCUUUGCCUGCUGCACCUGCUUCUUCAAGGCCGGCAUCGAGUUCAUUGUCAAUUCCUCACCCUGCCCCUGCUCUUUUGGUUGGCGUACCCAAUUUGGAGCCAGCCGAGCAUCCGGAUGCGCAUGCAUGGUUGGCCACAGCGACACGUGGAGAUCCUGUGGAUGUAGGCACAGAUCGUGCAAGUGCAGGUUGGACCGUUAAGGAAGAGCCUUCCUUGAAGUUCCAGAGCCUUGCCUUUACCUCUAGUGAGCCCAUUGUCUUGGACACACCUUCCCCGCCACCACACAAGAGACAGAGAAGGACAUAA